GUGUGUGUGUGUGUGUGUGUGUGUGUGUGUGUGUGUGUGUGUGUGUGUGUGUGUGUGUGUGUGUGUGUGUGUGUGUGUGUGUGUGUGUGUGUGUGUGUGUGUGUGUGUGUGUGUGUGUGUGUGUGUGUGUGUGUGUGUGUGUGUGUGUGUGUGUGUGUGUCUGUAUUCCUAACAUGCCGAGGUAAUUCAUUGAAAAACACACCCACGUACUGAGGUACCAAAAACUACCGAGGUACUUUUUCCCGUUACCUCGGAACGUGUACCUCGCCAAACGCUUGUCAUUACCAUAUUCCACAUUUUCGGCUCGUUUCCACGGGUACCUCGAAAUAACGUUGUAGUACUUUUGUGUGUGUCAGAGUGUGACCCCACACACUUGACGUUCAUCUCUGAUAUUUGGUUGGUUUCUGUGGUUCCCGUCUUGAAAAGCGGGAACAGAAUAGCACCAACAGGGAACCAUCGUACCAAAACCGACAAACUCCUCACAGCAGUUACUUCCCUUAGGCAUGCGCCCGGUCAUAAAUCCGAGGUAGGAGCACACACCUACUGUUUUCAGACUCAAGUUUUUACAUUUUUUUUCUUACAAAAAAAGGAUCCUGUUUUCAGUGUUUCUAGUGUGUUAUAUUUAAUAAUAUAACAUUAUCUUCUACAGUGGUGUAGGUUUCAGCUGAUGUCAGUGGAUUUAUUAAUAAAAUAAGAAAAUGAGGACAACGCCCAAGAAGAAAGUGGUUAAUAAGAAAAAGCUCGUACACAUGUCGAGGCCAUGCCCCAUCUGUAGCCUGCAAGGUAUCACGACGCUGUAUGCGAGGGUCAGCGACUAUAUCUGGGAAGGUGCCUGACUCCGCCACAGCGUACAGGUCAGCAACCGUGUCCGGGUAUGCUGCCGGUUACAGUUUGGCCAACCCACUGCCGCCACCACGCCCAGAAGAGAGCUCUUCGGAGGACGAGCAGACACUGAACACCUUCCUCACCCGGGAGUGCUGUCUCAGCCUCGGCCCGCAUUCCCGCGUCAUGCUUGGUCGUUAAAGCUUUUCGAUUGUGGAAGAAUUCAUCAUGCACGCGGCCACGUGCUGUCGGGGGCAGUACAACGUGGCGAAGCGUCUGGAGUCCAAGAUGAAGCUGAACCGCUUCCUGGCCCUGAGCGGGUAGACUGAGGGGGCCAUGUUGGCGGACAUGCUGGUGUGAGGAGGACACAUGGAGGUCCAUGACAACUACCUAACCAAGACCUACCAGCCAGGAACAGUUCGAUCCGCCCUGACAGUGGUUUGGGCCUUCUUGAAGUGGGCCGGGGACAGAAAGCAUGCACCAGCAACAACGGUGGAGGAAGCCGAUUGCACUAUCCAUGGCUGCCUGUCAGCCACACGCGUAGCUCUGCCCUCCGCCGCCGCCCCGGAGCAGCAAUCACAGCGUGAGGAAACGAUGUACGAUGAAACAGAUGGGCAUGAUUUCACGCAUCAUAGCGACGACGACACAAAUGUCCCUAUGCCGUCGGUCGCCGCCCUGGAACCUGACCCUGAAACUGACACUCAGGCCCUAGACUUGGAGACCAGCCUGACGGAUUCCCUGGGGGAAAUCAAGGAUGCCCAGGGUGCACUGGAUGAUGCCCAGUAUUUCCAAAGGCAGGAGAGCGAGUGCAAGUCAUCAUCAUCCUCAUCGGUACCGAUCCGUGUCGUGUCCAGGAAGAGGCUGCGACAGGUGUCCUCCAGUGACGAGGAGGACCCAUACACAACCACGACCACGUCGCGCAUCAGCACGGGGAGCAGCCGCCAUCGAGUCUCGGAGGACGAGACUCGCGAGAUAUUGAACGUUUUUGCUGAUGAGAUUGCGAAGUAUGUUGACAUGGGUAAAACCGUGUCCAUCUUAGAUGUACGUGAGAAGCGUACACCUAAGAUAGCUGCGCUCUCAUAAAAACAACUCCGUGAGAAACUACGAAAUAUUGUGAAAAAUCUCAAGUUACGAAAGUCUUAUAUAGUUGCUUAUCCAUGAGCUUACAUUACCCGUGUCGGCUGACAAUACUGGUUUUUGUACCCAGGAAACUGUUGUAUAUAUUUUUUUUGAUAUGUUCUCGUUGUAUUAAUGUAUUUCUGUGCCAAGAACUCGUUUUACCCAGGAAUGUGACUUUAUUAUGUUGUACAUAUUGGUACUACUGGUUCUACUAACCCUACCCAGGUAAAUUACUUGAUU